AUGAACACACAAGAACUUCAAAAUAACGAAAUUCGAGAAGGGAUAGUUAUGAAAAAAUUGCAAGAUGAGGGAAUGUCAUCUUUAAUUUUGAAGGAGAAAGGGAACGAAAAUGAUAGUUUAUCAACUAAAGUCCCAAUAUACGAGGAAGAAGCAAUCUUUACUAAAAUAAUAGGUAAAGAAGAGAUGGAAAAUAUUAAAAAAAUACAAAAAUCAAAAAACCAAACAAAUAUUUUAUUUAAAUUGCGGGAAGGUGAAAAAAGAAUUGUUUCUGAUUCUUAUUUUAUUGAAAAUAAUUUUAAGAGUAUUAGUGAAGCAAGAAUUAAUUUUGCAGAAAAAUUCAAAAUUAAAGAAAAAUUAAAUAUUCAAUCUGCCGGAGAUGAAAAAAUUAUUUCAGAAAAAUUUCUUCAAAAAUCAAAAUCUGAAGCAGAAGUCUCUAAAUUAAUAAGAGAAGCAAGAAAAGAAGAAAUAAAUAUAAAUACAAAAACAUUUAAAGAGGAAUUUAAAAAUUUCCAAGCAAACUUGAUUGGAAAGGAAGACUGGGAAAGUUAUAGAAAAAUAAUUAAAUCUGCCAGUCAAUCAUCUAUUAAAUUUACAGGAAAAGAAUUUGAAGAAGAGAAACAGAUUUGUAGUAUUUUUAUUGAACAAAAACAGAAAGAUUUUGAGGAAUUCGAAAUUAAAAUAAAAGAUACAACAAAAAUAAACGAGAAAAUAAAUACAAAAUUAGCUGAAGAUUAUAAAAUUGAAACUCAAAUAAUUUUAGAACAUCCAAAUAAUGAAGAAGAAGCAAUCUUAAACUUUGAAGAUAAAAUAAAAGAAAAAACAUUUUUAUCAUUAAUCCAAAAUAAAACGGAAAUUCCAGCUAAUUUUAUUGCAAGAGGAGAAGAGGCCGCGGGAAUUUCUUCAUUAAUAUUACACGCUAGCGGAAAAGAAAAAAAUAAUUAUGAGGUGAAUGAUUUAGUUUCUUCAGAAAUUGAAAGAAUUGACGAUACAUUAAUUGGAUUAACAUCAAAAGAAAAGGAUUUUGAAGAAAUAAAUACAAAAUUAGAAGAAAAAACUGAAGAAAAAGUUGAAUUGAAGUCUAAAGCUUCUAUUGAAGAUAAAAGAAUUAUUGAAACAACAAUUACUGGAAGAGAGGAAAGAGAGGAUGUCAAUAAAAUAAUUAAAUCAGCAAGUCAGUUUUCAAUUAAAUUUAUUGGUAGAGAAUUUAGUGAAGAGAGGGCAAUUUCUUCGAUAUCAUUUGAUCAGAAACCAAAGGAUUUUGAAGAAUUUGAAAUUAAAAUUAAAGAAAAAAGACAGUUGGAAGAAAAAAUAAGGACAAAAUCAGCUGGAGAUUUUAAAAUUGAAGGUCAAAUGAUUUUUGACAAGUUAGAUAAGCAAGAAAAGGCAGACUUAAAAUUAAAGGAAAAAUUACAAGAAAAAGCCCUUUUAUCUUCAAAAGCUUCAACUUAUGAGGAAAAAGAAUUUUCAGCUAAUUCCAUUGGGAAAGAAGAAUGGGAAAAUGCUAAAAAAUUACAAAAAUCAGCCAGUUUAUCAUCAGUUAUUUUCAAAGUAAGAGAAUUAGUUGAAACGAGAUCUGGUUCUGCCAUUUCUAUUAAUCAGAGAUCAGAGGAUUCUGAAGAAUUCGAAAUUAGACUUCAAGAGAAAAGACAAUUACAAGAAAAAAUCAACACAAAAGCAGUUGGAGAUUUCAAAAUUAAAAAUGAAAUAAUUUUAGAAAAACUGAAUUGUGAAGAGAAAGCUGAUAAGAAUUUGAAGGAAAAAUUAAAAGAAAAAACUUCCCUUUCAUCUAAAGCCUCAAUCAAAGAAUUAAAAGAAUUUUCAGCCAAUUUUGUAGGAAAAGAAGAAUGGGAAAGUACUAGAAAAAUUCAAAAAUCAAAAAGUUUGUCUUCAGUAACAUUAAAAUUAAAAGAAUUUAUUGAAUCUCGAGCAUCUUCUGUUUUGUUUAUAGAAAAACCGAAGGAAUACUUGGAAGAAUCAGAAAUAAAAUUAAAAGAAAAAUACAAAAUUAAAGAAAAAUUAAAUACAAAAGAAAUGGGGGAUUUAAAAAUUGGACAAAAUAUUUAUUUUGAACAAAAGAGUAAACCAGAAAUUAUUGAAUUUACUCAAAAAGAAAAAAUAAAAGAGAGGUCAUUAUUAAACACUGAAGAGAAAGAGACGUUUGGAGAUGUUAAAAUUGAAGAAGAAAGAUUUCUCCAGAAAUCAAAAUCUAAAUUAGAAGUCACUAAAUUAAUAAAAUCGACUAGUCAAAUAUCAACAAAAUUAAACAUUAAAGAAUUUAAGGAAGAUAUAAUUAACUCAAUUAUUUCAAUAGGAAAAGAGCCAAUAAACUGGAAAGAAUUUGAAAUUAAAGUAAAAGAUACGACAAAAAUAAACGAGAAAAUAAAUACAAAAGCAGCUGAAAAUUGUAAAAUAGAAGACAAAAUAAUUUUAGAAAAACCUAAUGAUGAGGAAAAAACAUCUUUAGAUUUAAAGGAAAAAUUAAAAGGAAAAGCUAUUUUAUCUUCAAAAGCUUCAAUUUACGAGGAAAAAUAUUUCUCUGCUAAUUUACUAGAAAAAGAAAAGUUGGAAGGUACUGGAAAAAUAAUUAAAUCUGCCAGUCAAUCAUCAGUUAUUUCCAAAAUAAAAGAAUUUGGGGAAACUCGAUUUGAUUCUUCCAUCUCUUUUGAUCAGAGACCAAAAAUUUGGGGAGAAUUUGAAAUUGAAAUUAAGGAGAGAAGAAAAUUAGAAGAGAAAAUCAACACAAAAUCAGUUGGAGAUUUAAGAAUCGAAAAUCAAGUAGCUUUGGAACAUCCAAAUUUUGAAGAAAAAACUGAUUUGAAUUUAAGUGAAAAAUUACAAGAAAAAAUUUUCUUAUCAUUUAAAGCAUCAAUUCACGAGAAAAAGAAUUUUACCGCAAACUUGAUUGGAAAGGAAGAAUGGGAAAGUUCAAAGAAGAUAAUUAAAUCAGCAAGUCAUUCUUCAAUUAAAUUUAAAGGCAGGGAAUUUAGUGAAGAAAACUCGGGAUCUUUUCUUUCAUUAGAAAAGAGUUCUAAAGUUUCUGAAGACACAGAAAUUAAUUUGAAAGAGAAACGCCAAAUUCAAGAAAAAUUUAAAGGAAAAUCUUCUAGAGAUGCAAAAAUAGAAAAAAAUAUAUUUUUAGAUAUUUCAACAAAAUCUGAGUCCCAAAUUGAUAAAAUUAUUAAAUUAAAAAAUAAAGAAGAGAUAAAAUUAAAAUCAAAAGAAUCUUCUUUAAACUCUAAAAUUUUAUUUACAAAUUUUGUUUGUAAUAAACAAAAUAAAUAUUCAAUAAAUAAAUUGGAAAAAUCAAAAAAUCAAAAUUUUGCAAAUUUAAAAAUUAAAGAAGUUGGCCAAAAAAGUUUAAAAUUUGUUGUUUGUAUUGAAAAUAAAAUAAAAGAAGGGGAGGAAGUUGAAAUUUUGAUAAAAGAGAAAAGAAAUUUAAAAGAAAAUAAAAAUUGUUUAGCGGCUAGCGAUUUAAAUAUACAAAGAAUAUUGGAAAUUAAAAUGCCAAAAAUUGAAAAAGAAUAUUCCUAUUAUUUGAAUGAGUUAAUUAAAGAAAAUAUUUUCUUUAAAUCUAAAGCUGUUGCCAAAGAAAAAUCUGAAGAAAUCCAAACAAUUCUUUCAAAAAAAGAAGAACAAGAGCAUGUCAAAGGUCUUUUAAAAUCAAAAAGUCAAACAAACAUUUCAUUUAAAUCAAGAGAAAUGAGUGAAGAGGGAUUAAAUUCAAAUAUUUAUAUUGAAAAUGAAUUAAAAGAUAAAAAUGGAAUUGAAGUUAUCUAUUCAGACAUGAAUAAAAUACAAGAAAAAUUAAAUACUCAAUCUGCCGGAGAUGAAAAAAUUAUUUCAGAAAAAUCUCUUCAAAAAUCAAAAUCUGAAGCAAAAGUUUUUAAAUUAGUAAAAGAACAAAGAAAAGAAGAAAUAAAUAUAAAUACAAAAACAUUUAAAGAGGAAUUUAAAAAUUUCCAAGCAAAUUUGAUUGGAAAGGAAGACUGGGAAAGUUAUAGAAAAAUAAUUAAAUCUGCCAGUCAAUCAUCAGUUAUCGCUAAAAUAAAAGAAUUUGGGGAAACGAGAUUUUAUUCGUCUAUUUAUUUUGAUCAGAGACCAAAAAAUUGGGGAGAAUUUGAAAUUGAAAUUAAAGAGAAGCGAAAAUUAGAAGAGAAAAUCAACACAAAAGCAAUCGGAGAUUUAAAAAUUGAAAGUCGAAUAGCUUUGGAACAUCCAAAUUUUGAAGGAAUAACUGAUUUAAAUUUAAAGGAAAAAUUACAAGAAAAAACUUUCUUAUCAUCUAAGGCUUCAAUUCACGAGAAAAAGGAUUUUACCGCAAACUUAAUUGGAAAAGAGGAAUGGGAAAGUUCAAAGAAGAUAAUUAAAUCAGCCAGUCAGUCUUCAAUUAAAUUUAAAGGCAGGGAAUUUAGUCAUGAAAGGGCAAGCUCUGUUAUAUCCUUUUAUCGUAGAAACGAAAAUUCGAAGAGAAAAUCAGCACAAAAGCAGUUGGGGAUAUCAAAACACAAAGGGAAAUAA